UUAAAAAAAACAGUUGCCAUAGCAACGGCUUAUUUGUGUGGAGGGAUGAUAAUUGCAACAGUAUUUUAGUGCUAUAAAAGUUUAUUUCCGUAACUUGAGCCCUGUUAUGCGCAACAGAUCAAAAUGGCAGAUGAUGAAGAAGUGGUAGAAGAGCAGGAAGUGGUCCCUGUGGUAGAGAGCGACGUGGUCAUCGUAGCACACGAGGAGCAACCGCUCGCACCACCCAAAUAUGAAGUUCGCCCAAGACUUGGACAAAAAUUCCAAGCCCAGAACGUGCGCGACAUAAUCCUGUCGACGAUGCAGGAGCAGCUGAUGGGCCGCCAGUACCGCGUGGACCAGGUGCCGCGCUGGUGCAAGAUGAUCGCCAACGGGGUGCGGCAGCGCGUGCAGGACCUCAACAUGCAGAGGUACAAAAUAAUAGUGACGACGACGAUAAUAGAGACGCGAGGUGCCGGCAUAAAGUGCGCCCAGCGCUGCAUCUGGGACCCAGAGACGGACGAUUACGCCGACAACCUGUACAGGAACUCCUCUAUAUUCUGCUAUACUAUAUGCUACGGCGUUUAUAUGUACUAGGAUAUUUUAUGGCGUCAGUGGCGGCCAUAGGGCGGUGCGAGGUGUGCCGAACCCCCCCCCCCCCCCCAAGACUGGUUAGAUUGCGGCCAUAUUGAAACUCAUACCGGGUGGCGGAAAGGAUUCGAAAAUUUUUGUAUUUUAAGGGACUAUGAGCUCCACUGUGAGGUCUUCUCGCACCACAUAAAUACAUAUUUUGCUAGGGCCUCCACUGUACGGCGUGUUCUACGUAGAUUUGUGUCGCGCGGUUUGUAUCGUAGGCACUAUCAGUAUCAGCACAUCCCGGAAACUCCAUACGACAAUCUCAUUCUCACCGAGUGUCGUUUUACCGCGUACUUGCUAGCUAGACAAAAUCCUCGCUCUCUCUCUUACUCCUUAGCGGCUUACGGCUAUUUAGAAUCAAGUAAAAGACUUUUUCUACUCCUCUACUUUAAUCUGGCAUUUAAAUAACCAAAAAGUCUAAUAUAAGUACAUACAUAAUUAAACUCUUUGAAAAAGUGUACGCUCUAUGGCCUAUAAAAGCAUUGUUUACAAAGUGUAACUGUACUAUAAUGUCGCCAAAAAAGCAUUGUUGUUGUUUUUUUUUUUGACCUGGAAACUGGCACCUUUACUUUGUUUGGUGCCAUAGAUAUACUAUAAAAAAAAAGUAUACAUUUGCCGCCAUUUUCCCGCGCGUUGGAAAAUAAAUUGGAAAAUUUUUGUGUUUCGUUUCAAAACACUAAAAAGUAUAAAAGUACACCAAAAAGUAUUGUAUGCAACGUUGUAAAAGUAACAUAACAUAACAUAACAUAACAAAUACUUUAUUGCACAAACAGGAAAAAACAAAAUACAAAACAAAAGAGAUAUAGAAUUAGUACAAUAGUAUUGUUGUCACGUUCGCCAAGGCUCACAUCGCAAUAAGAGACGCCACGAGCAUUUUUUGACCUAGUUAUACAACGUUGCAUACAAUACUUUUUCUACGACGACGUCAUUUUUCCUUUUUAUUUUAUACUUUUUAGUGUUUUGAAACGAAACACAAAAAUUUACCAAUUUAUUUUCCAACGCGCGGGAAAAUGGCGGCAAAUGUAUACUUUUUUUUUAUAGUAUAUCUAUGGCACCAAACAAAGUAAAGGUGCCAGUUUCCAGGUCAAAAAAAAAAAAAAAACAACAACAAUCCUUUUUUGGUGACAUUAUAGUACAGUUACACUUUGUAAACAAUGCUUUUAUAGGCCAUAGAGCGUACACUUUUUCAAAGAGUUUAAUUAUGUAUGUACUUAUAUUAGACUUUUUGGUUAUUUAAAUGCCAGAUUAAAGUAGAGGAGUAGAAAAAA